UGGCGGCGCACGUUUACGUUUGUUUUGAAAAGUUAACGCGCAUUUAUUAUCUGUAGCGGCAUAGUUUUAGUAGCAAAUUGUCGCAGGUAAUAUACCAGUUGUUUGAUUGUCUAAGGAACGCAGAAGGAAAUCAACAGCAAGGUGUCAGUAGGCGCAACAACACGCCAGCCAUGCCUGCUCUGGACGCGACGAGUGAUCUGGUGACUGUGCUAGAAGCAUGGGAGAAAGAUCAAUCUACUGCGGCAGCGCAGCAGCCUGUGCAGACCCUAAACAGACUUGCUGAGAUUGUAGAGAAGGAAACAGAAGCAUAUCUAAAGAUGGACCCUGAUCCGUUUGACGACAGGCAUCCAAUUGUUAAUUCUCGCUCGCUCGGGUUGCAGCUUGUGAAGAGCUACGUUGUGAGCGCGCGCGACAACGCCGCCCUCAGCACGGCUGCCUGCCGUCUCAUGCUCGACAUCCUCCCCGGCCUCGAGGUGUCAGUCAUCUUCCAGGAGACGGAGGGAUUGGUCAACCGGCUCUUCCAGUGGGCGGAGUUUGCCGCCGAGCCGCUGCGUGCGUACGCGACGGGGCUGCUGGCGGCGGCGAUGGAGUUGCAGGACGUGGCGACGAACUUUCGCGACCAGAACGCGCAUCUGGUUCCCAUCAUGCUGCGGAGACUUCACGGUCUCAAACACAGCAACGAGAAGAAUGCGGCGCAGACGUCAAGGUCACCGGGAAAAGAUGGCGGCGGCCAGCGGCCAUUUUCCCACCUGAAUGCCAGCGCCACUCCGCAAGCUGCAUCAGUGACCGUCCCCGCGGCGGACAUCAAGGAGGUGACCGCUGCUGCUACGGCCGACGGCUAUCACCGGCGCGGUGACGACUCGCUGAACGGGGACGACCCCGCCCGCGACCCCGCCCACGACCCCGCCGCGGAUGCACCGACGAACCACCCAGCCGAUCACGCGACGAUAUCACCAGGUGGCGCCGGCAAUGCGCUGAACCACCGAGCCGAGCACACGAUGAGCCCGCCAGGUGGCGCCGAUUCGCUGCGCAAUCUCGGAGAUUUGACGUCGCACGAGGCGGAACAGUUGCUGAGCUUUGUGUUUGAGCAUCGCGCCAUCGACCUCGUACUUCACUACAUCGACCUGAGCAAGAACAACGACGUACGCCUCGCCUUCGAGGCUCUCAAGUACCUCGCGUCGCUGCUCUGCCACAAGAAGUUCUCGCUGGAGUUUAUCAAUGCGGGCGGCGUCCAGGUGAUGCUGCAGGUCUACCGGCCGUCCUUCGCCGCCACGGGCGUCUCCCUCUGCCUCUACUACCUCGCCUUCUGCGAGGACGCCAUGGAGAAGGUCUGCCUGCUGCCCGAACACACCCUCAAGGACCUUGUCAGCUACGGACUGUGGCUGCUGGAAUGUUCGCACGAGUCGGGGCGUUGUCACGCUACGAUGUUCUUCGGAGCAGCUUUUGCGUUUCCCAUCGUGCUGGAGCUGUUUGACAUACAGGACGGUCUACGCAAGCUGAUCAACGUGAUGAGCACGCUGCAGGUGCUGAACACGGAGGAGCGUCUGCUGCUGACCGACGACGAGAUGUUCGCGUCACGGCAGACGAUCAGACACGUCGCGAACGCACUGCGGCGCUACCUGGAGGCGCAUCUCGUUAAGAAGGUGGAGCAGGUGAAGCGUUCGAGCCUGCGCCAGCAGGGCGUGGCCAUGCUCGCCUCCGUCCCCCCGUACAAGGUGGUGCAGGUGUCCGCAGAGCAGGUGCGCAGUUCACCGAGUGUUUGUUGGAGGACGUCUGAGAGUCUAGUCAGCAUCUUCGGAGCUCUGUCGAUCUGCGCCGUCAUGCCGAAGGUACAGCUGCAGCUGUGUGAGUCGCUCACGAUACCGGGCGAGGAGGCCCCCCACCGUCGGGCAAUCGCCAUUGGCUUUAGUUCGUUCUAUCUCAACACUGAUUGGCUAGAUCUAGAGCUGACUGUCAAUCAUGACAGCAUAUUGAUCAGCGUUGCGGAGGGCGAUCCAACACUGCUCGUUACCGACCCUGACGUACAGAGGGCAGCACUGGGCGUCAUCAUCGUCUGCGUGUGCGGGCCGCAGUCACGGCUAGGUGGCAGCAUCGGGCGGUUCACGGGCGGAGCGGUGAAGCGGCGGGCGGCCGUGCGUAACGGCGAAGACAUCCUCAGCAAGAUGUGGAAGGCGGUGCGAGCGACGAACGGCAUCAUGGUACUCAUCAGCCUCAUGAUGGUGAAGACUCCGAUCACGGACGCCGACUCAAUCCGCGCGCUCGCCAUCAAGGCGUUGGCGGGACUGGCGAGGAGUGAUAUUGUAAAGCAGAUCAUUAGUAAGCUGCCACUAUUCAGCAGUGGCCAACUGCAAGCGCUCAUGAAGGAGCCGGUGCUUCACGACAAGCGGCCGCAGCACCUGCGCUUCUGCGAGCACGCGCGACAGCUGAUCGAGCGCGUGACGGGGAAGCCAAUGAUGCCGUCUGAGCGACGACGUCCAGCUUGUUGA